AUGAGCUCCUACCAGCAGAGGCAGCCCUGCAUCCCACCUCCCCAGCCUCAGCAGCAGCAAGUGAAACAGCCCUGCCAGCCUCCACCUCAAGAGCCAUUUGUUCCCAUAAUCAAGAAGUCAUGCCACCCAAAGCUUCCAGAGCAAGGUUAUUCCAUAUUUCCCGAGCCAUGUCCCACCAAAGAUCCUGAACCGGUAUACGCCAAGGUCCCUCAGCCUGGCAACACCCAGGUGCCAGAGCCAUACCCUUCAAAGGUCAUUCCAGGCCCAGCCCAGCAGAAGGCCAAGCAGAAGUAACAUGAUCCACAGCCAUGCCCUUGAGGAACCAACCUCCAGAUACUGAAUAGUUUCUUCCUUUCUGCUCCUGUGUCUUCAUGGUGUCGAUCUUGUAAUCAGUAUUGUCUCACACUGAGUCACAGCCUCUUUCUUGUUUACAUCCUAAAAAUAUGUGCUAUGAGGUUUUCCUUACACACUCUGAAGAGUCCUCUGAGCUCUGAGUUAUG